AUGGCGAGGCUGCCGCCCAUCGUGUGCGACUCUGGCACGGGAUGGACCAAGAUGGGAUUCGCAGGCAACUCGGAGCCUUCCUUCGUCUUUCCGACCUGUAUCGCCACUCGUACACCCGGAGGCAGAGCAGGAGCACCCGCCGUGCCCUCCAAACCAGGCGGACUGUCUUCUAGCUCGGCAGGAGGAGGCGGAGGGAGCAGUCAUUCAUCGUCCAACGUAGCCAGCAAGCGAGGCAUAGAGGAUCUCGACUUCUACAUCGGCGAUGAAGCGAUUGCUCACUCGAAGACGUAUGCACUCGAUUACCCGAUCAAGCACGGCAUCGUAGAGAACUGGGAUCACAUGGAGAGGCUGUACGAGCAGAGCAUAUUCAAGUACUUGCGAGCAGAGCCAGAGGAUCACUACUUUCUCCUGGCACAGCCACCUCUCAAUCCACCCGAGAAUCGUGAGAUGACGGCCGAGAUAUUCUUCGAGUCUUUCAACGUGCAAGGCAUCUAUAUCGCAGUCCAAGCCGUCCUCGCACUGGCAGCCUCCUGGACAUCUUCCAAAGUCACCGACCGGACGCUCACAGGCACCGUCAUUGACUCUGGCGACGGCGUGACUCAUGUCAUCCCGGUGGCUGAAGGCUACGUGAUCGGCUCAUCGAUCAAGCAUAUCCCCAUAGCAGGACGAGAUCUGACUUACUUCACACAACAACUCCUACGAGAACGAAACGAAGCAAUACCGCCCGAGGAGUCCUUGAGGAUAGCAGAAAAGAUCAAGGAGGACUACGCAUACGUCUGCGGUGACAUGGUCAAAGAGUUCAGGAAGUACGACUCCGAUCCCGCCAAACACUUUGCGCAAUAUCACGGCAAACAUUCGGUGACGGGCAAGCCUUAUACUGUCGACAUUGGCUACGAGAGAUUCCUCGUGCCCGAAGUGUUUUUCAAUCCGGAGAUAUACUCUUCAGAUUUCUUGACGCCCUUGCCAGAGGUCGUGGAUAAUGUCAUCCAGACGAGUCCGAUUGACGUUCGAAGAGGUCUCUACAAGAAUAUCGUCCUAUCGGGCGGUUCGACGAUGUAUGAUCACUUUGGCAGGAGAUUACAACGCGAUCUCAAGAACCUUGUCGAUACCCGAUUGACGCUAAGCGAAGUCAACUCUGGCAAUCUCAUGAAGGCCACGGGCGUGGAUGUGAACGUCAUCUCACACAAGCGUCAACGGUAUGCAGUCUGGUACGGCGGCUCCCUGCUUGCCCAAUCACCCGAUUUUUACUCAUACUGCCAUAGCAAGGCCGACUACCAAGAGUAUGGACCGUCCAUCUGCUCUCGUUUCCAGGUCUUCGGCUCUGCUCAUGUGUAG